AUGGGAGCAGCGAGGCUGGUUCUUGGUGGUGCAAUACUUGGUCUUUUUUGGGGUGGUAUACCGCAGACAAUUGGCUCGGAUGCUCUCAAUGGAAUCUGUGAAUCAUCCCCCUGUGUCUGUGAUCUUCACGGACGGCUCACCUGCGAUUGUGAGAAUAGACCCGAGGAGCUGUUUCUGAGAUCAGAAGGAGAGCACCGCCUGAGCCAGCACACGAGCCGAAUAAUAGUCAAGAACUGUCCAUCAGUGAUCUUAAUGAACUCAAGCUUGUCACUGAUGACCGGCUUGCGAUCAAUCGACUUUAUCAACAUAUCAAACCUAACUCUCUUCACAGAAUCCUUCGAGCUCUCACCAAAAACCCUGCGAGUGAUAAUAUCAAUCCACUCUGCAAGCAUCGAGAUCCUGCCUAGCUUCGUCUUCCGAGGAGACAUCGAAGCAAUAAGCUUCGAGAGCGUGAACAUCAGCACAGUGAGCGCAUUUGCUUUCGCGAACCUCGCGGGGACCGAAAAGCUCAUCCUUGAAGACUGUCUGAUAGGAACAAUAGAAGAACAAGCGUUCAAGAAGUUCGACGUGAACUUUUUACACAUAAUCGGCGGUUCCUUUGGGGAUCAAGUACCAAGUCGGGCGAUGAACGACCUAGAAGUGUUCACUACUUUCCGGCUAGACGGAGUUUACAUGGGGACCGUGAGGUCUGCAGCGUUCGUCAUAAAAAAACCAAAGACUGUUACGAUACAAAAUUGCAUUAUUGAAGGCCUGGAAGGCGAAGCUUUCGAUAUCAGCACACGCGGUCCAGUGCUGAUCAAAAACAACAACUUCAACAGCCUAUCCGCUGGAUCCUUUUUGGGAAUUGGGAUGGAUAACGACGAUCGUUUGCCUCCAAUGGGUUCAAAAUUGCAGGAGAUAACUUUUACGAACAACACGCUGAAUGAUUUUGAAGAAGGCUCGGUUUUGUUCGACCGCGCGAGCUUUCGUCCUGUAAUCGACAACAUUCUGAUAAAUCGAACCUGCCAAUGUUCGUUGUUAAACGAGUGGAAGAACAACAUUCUAAACUACAGCAAUGUUUACACGCGUUACUACUCCGGGAACUCGGUUAUCCAGAACAACAAUAACCUGCUGGAACCGAUUGAGGAGGGAACGUUUUACUGCUUGGACACCAAUGGUGACGUUAGUGGUACCAAUAGUAUGAGUAUUAGUGGAUUUACCAGUAGUUUUCGUGAUUACGAGUUACGUAGGUGUACUAUUGGUAGUUCAACGAUGUUACUGUUAGUUGUAAUAACGAUACUUAUAUUUUUAUUAAUAGUUGGGAUAGUUCUGGUGGUUUGGUGUUGCAAAAGACACCGCGAUAAUGGACAAAAACAGUGGAUAAGUGUACCGACCAGUGCUCCAGACGUUGUUUCUAAAAAAAACGGGGUUAUUGGACGUGGUGGUGUUAAUAGUAGUGCUAGUGAUGGUAACAAUUCUAACAGAACACCUGUCGACUCGAGGAUAACUAUGGUUGUCCCGGAUGGAAGGCUCUAUCGUGAAACCGAGUUUCAUGUUAUUGUUGAGAAAGCUGAACCACUUACUACAGAAUUGUAA